UAGCAUUUUAUUUUGUGACAAAAUAUUUGAUUUAUAAUUCCAUCCACUCUUCUGUCACCGAAUCUCCUUCAUUUAGGUGUGUCGCAGAAGGUCUCCAUAUCUUUCCCGAUGGCUGCGCGAGCCCUAUUGACCAGAAAAACCCUAGCAUCGGUGCUCCGCAAUGACGCGAGGCCUCUCGGAGUAGGCGCAGCGGUGGCUACUCAUUCCCGCGGUUUGCAUGUGUACACGCUACCUGAUCUAGACUACGACUAUGGCGCACUGGAGCCAGCCAUCAGCGGUGAAAUCAUGCAGCUCCACCACCAGAAGCACCAUCAGACUUACAUCACCAACUACAACAAGGCUCUUGAGCAGCUCCAAGAUGCCGUUGCCAAGGCCGAUUCCUCUGCCGUCGUUAAGCUCCAGGCCGCCAUCAAGUUCAACGGCGGAGGUCAUAUCAACCAUUCUAUUUUCUGGAAAAAUCUAGCUCCUGUUCGUGAAGGAGGUGGUGAACCACCGAAGGGUCCACUGGGAUGGGCUAUUGACACGCAUUUUGGCUCUUUUGAAGCAUUGAUACAAAAAGUUAAUGCAGAAGGUGCAGCACUGCAGGGGUCUGGUUGGGUGUGGCUUGGUCUGGACAAAGAGUUGAAGAGGCUUGUAGUUGAAACCACUGCCAACCAGGUAAACUGA